GAACUCGAGCUAGCUCUAGAGAGAGAUCGUAUCGCAAAAAUACCAUGGGCGUGUGUAUUCCUACCGCUGUCGAGUUUAGGAGGUUGUUGUUGAAACUACCAUCAAGCAGGGGAUUUUACUUUUAUGCCGAAACAUAAUAAGAGGGAAGAUUCAUCAUCUUAUUUUGGUACAUUGCGAUCUGUGGUUAAGCGUUGGAGUUGAUUAUGUGGUAGAAAUCUGAGGAUAUCUUCUGGAUAGAUAGAACUUGUUUAUCAUCACUUGCUGAUCAGAGUGGAGGGACCAGCAAACAACCUGCUCUAUCACUUGUUACAUGUACUUUAAGAUAUCUAAUUCACCUCUUGUCAUGCUGACAUAGGACGAUCCAAUUCAAAAUGGAGGACGGCAGCGGCCAAAGGGUCGCUGAUUAUUUUGUGGUGGCCGGUUUGACAGAGACAUCUCGGCCACUUGACGAAGAGUUCUUAGGAGAAGGACCAAGGAAACCUCCCAAGAACCUCGCCCCUAUCAUAGAUAUUGCUGUUAUUAUUAAGAGUCAAGGAGAGAAGAUCCCAACAGGAUAUACCUGUGUAGAGUCUACACCCAGUGGUCUACCAGCUGAUCUCAAUCAUGGAAGUUUAGCAAGCCCUUCUAUUUUUAUCUGCAUCCGUAGGGGCUAUGAAAAACCCCCUCUUACUGAUAUUGGGAUCUUGUAUGAGGGUAAGGAGAGGGUGAUGCCGGGCUGUGAGAUAGUCAGCCAUACCCCCAACGGCCAUCCAGCCAAUGUGAGCAACCGAAUAGGAGUUAAUAACCAGAGGGCAUACAUCACCUAUCGUCGAGCAUCCGAGAAUGCUCCCCACAAUUCGCUGGCUGUCAUUGACAUUUGUGUUAUCCUCAUGAACAAGAAUGAGAGUCCACCACAUGCUUUCUGUCUAAUUAACAAGAAUCUUAACAAGGGGAGUAUGAUGGGGUCUGAUGUCUAUCUCUGCUACAAGAAAUCAGCAAUCAGAGGAAACUCAAUAGUUUAUCAAGCAGAUAUGUUGAGUCGUUACCCCUUGGAGGAUUACGAGGAUUUCCCCCUCCCCCAGUCCAUCCCCUUCUGUAUGCCUAUGGGGGCUGCCAUCGAGUGCUGGGCAGAGACAAGGGAGCAUCCCCUUCCCGUAUUCUCCACGUUCGUUCUCACGGAUAUUGCCGGUGGCAAGGUACAAAAGGUCUAUGGAGCAGCUGUGACAUUCUACGAGAACUACCCCGAGGAGAAACUAAGCGAACAACAGAGGGAGGCCUUGCAGUUGAAACCUACCAACAACAAAAAUGGGCCAUCCGUCUACAACAUCCAUGUGAAUAAAUGCAUCUGUCUGCUCUCUCAUUGGCCCUUCUUUGAGGCCUUUAAAAAGUUUUUGUCUUUCAUCUACCGAGUCUCCAUCUCUGGACCACGAUCUAUUCCCAUUGAAAGGCAUAUCUCUCAUUUUAUGCAUGAAGUCCCCUUCCCAACACCUCAGAGACCUAGAAUAUUAAUGGAGUUGGCCCAUGACCAGCUGAUCUUAGCCAGACCCCAGACCUCUCCUAUCCCUCUGAGUGGAGCUAGCUACUGUGCUAUGCUGAGGAAUCUAGGACCAGAGAAGACCCUCAAUGUCCUGGCUUUCCUACUCCUAGAACACAAGCUGGUCCUGCACUCCCUUAGACCUGCUCUCCUUACUGGUGUGGCAGAAGCUGUGUCGUCGCUCAUCUUCCCUUUCGUAUGGCAGUGUCCAUACAUCCCCCUCUGCCCACUCAGUCUGUCAGACUACCUGAGUGCUCCCAUGUCAGUGGUUGUUGGUAUCGACUCGCGCUACUUUGACAUGUAUGACCCUCCCAGUGACGCUAUCUGCAUUGACAUUGAUACCAACACAAUCUUGCAGCUCGAGGACAAGAAAGGAAUAACAUGGAAGAUACUACCAAAGAAACCUGCUAAGAGAUUAUAUAACACAUUGACUAAGAUAUACCAGGAUAUCCAGGAAUCAGCUGUUGGUGAUGGCAUCUCGGAUGAGCUUGCAGUUGAGGUGUCUCCCAUCACGCUGGACUUCAGCCUCAAGAAACGACAGAUGCAAUUGGAGAUGAGGAUCCAGGAAGCUUUCCUGUCCUUCAUGGCAAUGAUGCUGAAGGGUUAUAGUCAAUAUCUACUCCCUAUCACACAACAACCCAGUAAUAGAGCUCUGGAUGCAAGCUCAAGAUUUGACUCCCCAGGUUUUCUGAAGACAAGAGAUAAGGCAUCCCAGGGGUUUUUCAAACAGUUUCUAAAAACUCAGAUGUUCAUCAAAUUCAUAGAGGAGAUCUCAUUUGUCUCAGAAAACGAUGAGAAGUUUGCUUUCUUUGAUGACUGUAUAGACAAGGUUGAUAUUGACAGCAAAGAUGACAUUCAUCUAAUAGACACAGAGAGUCAGGUUGAUAGUGAACACACAGUCUUUGUCAUGCCUCCAGAUGCAGAUGGAACAGGUGCACAAUAUCACUACACUGAGUUCCCAGUAUUGAUACCAGAGUUGUUCCAUGCUCCGACGAUGGAGGAACGGGACCAGCUGUCCACGCCCAGGACCAAGCAGGGUGUGGCUCAGAGUCCAUUCCCCCGGAGAACCAAGCAAGAGAUGAGAAACUCACAGAAGAUGGCUAAGAUGCAGGCUGCAUCACCAGAACAGUGGGCAAACUAUCUCUUGGGACAGUCCUAUGCCCUUUGGUUUAUUCAUUUACCGUCCUAUGUGAAGGCAACUCAUUCCAAGACAAGAGCACUCAGAACAGCCUUUGAGGUACUCAAGAAGAUGCAGGACAAGAACAUCCAACUCUUCGAUGAGGUGUGUUAUCGAGUACUAAUGCAGCUAUGUGGACAGUACAGACAACCCGUUUUAGCUGUACAGGUCUUUAUGGAAAUGAGGAAAAGAGGAAUUAAACCAAAUGCAAUCACAUAUGGUCACUAUAACAAGGCUGUCCUAGAAUGUCAGUGGCCAGCUUCAUCAUUCAGCAGCUACCAGCAGUGGGUAAAGCUUCGGAACACCCUUGCUGCCGUCACUCAGUUCCGGCGGGGCAUCAAGCAUCGCGGCAGCUGCUCGGACACCAAUAGCGAUGUCCUCAGCCAGGGUAGUGGGGACAGUAUGGAGCCACCAGGAGUGAUACUUGAACCAGAGAGAGGCAAGGAUGAGAGUGAUCUCAUCAAGCUGAUGGAGGGUACAGCUGCAGUCAACCUUACAAGGGAAGAGAAGAGCAGUACUGGCAAUUCUGACAUGGGCUAUGCCUCCAUGAUCAUGGACGAGACCACACCCAACGACCUCUUGACCUCUCCUGAACUCUCUCCCACCAAACUAGCCCGCCAGCGUGACUCCCAGUGCCUGGACGAGGAAGAUGAAGAGACUAUCAAAGCCCAGGAAGAAGUGUGUGACCCUGACGUCACUCAUGAGAAGGUCCCUAUAAUAGAUGGAGAGAUGGAGGGGGUUGUGGAGGGGAGAGGAGAAGGGGAGGAAGAGCAGCAGGAGGGGGAGAAAGAAGGUGAAUGUGAACGGACCUUUGUGGCAGAUGAUGAUAUGUCACUUGCUAGCCAAAGAAAAGAGGAACUGAGUGCAGAGAUCACCCACAUCAAGUCCCGUAGCGCACCUGUCAGUGAAGUCUCCACCCCUAUCAGUCGUAAGAGGCUUGACCUAGGGGGUAAUGAUACCCCUGAUGGUGGAUUGUUUGGUAUCACAGAUCUUGAAGAGGAACCAAGAGGUAGGGGCAGUAGCAUUCUGAGAAGAUCAAGGAGUAGUGUUACUAGUCGGGAAGCUGUGCAUGGUGAGAUGGUUUUGGAUACUACUCAUUCAUCAAUGAAUGCCAACACAUCGCUGUUAGACGCCAGUAAUCUUGAGGACAAUCCGUUUGAUGAUUCACAACUUUCAGACUCCAGUGACACUCCUCGAAGGAGGCACAAAAGUGCAGGAGAACACUCUUGGUCAUUAGCAAUCAGAAAACGGAACAGCAGCGGUGGUGAUGCCGCAGCCACCAUCACCGACAGUCUUGCCACUAGUGAUUCCAUCAGUGAGGAUAAGUUUGGUUGUGAUGCCAAAAUGCUUGAGAAAUUGCGGACUAGUAGUGAAAGCAAUCAGUCUGGUAGUCAUUCUCGGUCGUUGUCCUGUGGGAGCAGACCGCAAUAUAUCAACCAGAAGAGCGAGGAGUUCCCUGUGGAGGUGAAUGCCUUGGAUGAAGCGGGGAAGGAAGAGUUGUUGGACGUUUGCCAUCAGAUUGGAACCUUGAAUGCGAGUGAGGAUAGGGGGAGCUCAGAAGGAAUGACCGACUCUGGUGAUGAUCUCCUGGUUGCUAUUAAUGAGAAGAACUCACAAGAUACCAGACAGAGUGGCAAUGCUGAUUUGAUUGAACUAGUUGAAGAAGAUAGUAAACUGAAAGCUUCCAGUAUCCCUAAUGGUGUUCACGACAUACAUGUGAGUCCUAAACACACUACGGACAAAGUCAGUACUGACGAUGAUGCGUGUGACAGUAAUGAAAAACCACUUGAGAAUGGCUUGGGUAAAACGGAGCUGUACAAACUUGAAAGUAUGGAAUCAUUACCUAGCAACUCUUCAUCGAACGACACUAAAGACUCUAAAGAGAACCUGUCAUCAAAACCGCGAAAGACACCCAAGCGGAAUUCAAGCUUCCUAUCCAACUUGCUGACGUCACCAUUCACACCCCGCAUGUCCAAACAGUCCAUCAGUCGAACCUUCCAAACAGCUUCAUCUCAGAUGCAGACCUUGCGGACCCAUGCCUCAGACCUUGCCUCCAAGUUUGGAGAGUACACCAGGCAGCUCUCCUCCCCGGUUAUCAAAGACAGUCAAAGCAAUCCAAGCCUCAUUGACAUUGAUGAAACUUACGGAGGGAUAGAGUUUGGCGGCAAGUCUGAACCCAAAGACAUUGCUGGAUCGUGGAAUGAAAGCAAAAUGGAAAGUUUAAAUCCUGAAGAGAUGGGUAUCCACAUGCCUGGCUCACAAUUUGCAGGUAGUACACAGUCUCUCAAUAAUCCUAUGGCUUCUGAUCAAGAAGAUGGUUUUAACAACCCGAAGAGGCAGUAUGCUAUGCAUGUCUUCAUGACUAGUUGCUUCCGCUGUGGUGCUUGCCGAUCGGCCCUCUAUGAUGAACAUAUCAUGGCUGGAUGGGCCGCUGAUGAUUCAAACCUUAACACAAGUUGUGCAUUCUGUGGAUCACCUCGCGUACCAUUCCUGACCGUGACCAUCAAGGACCUUCGGGAGCCUGGAGGACAAUGCAACCUGACCCCCAGCCCGUCUGCAGAGAGCAUGCAAAGUAUACAAUCGGCUCCCUUCCUGAAGCAAGGCGAAACCCUCCCCGGAAAGACGGAUGAGUCUAACAACACCUACCAGUCCAAUCCUAGCGUUGAUAACUUAUCUCUUGGUAGCGAAGGUGAGGGUGACCCAAAGCCUGCCCUGACAGGGAGGACCAUGCCUGCCAGAAGAGAACCAGGACUACAUCACUCAGCGGGAGAAACAAUAAUAAGGGAACAACUGAAGAAACCUGAUGGAGGGCUGGAGAACUCCCCUUCUGCAGCCAGGAGACGGACUGUUAGUGAGUGCCAUAGUGUUGAUUUGCUGAAGGAGGUGGACUCUUCAGAAAGGCCAGGGAAUGGGUACCCUGCCAACAUGCGUCCAGGAACUUCCUACAGUCUACCCCGCUGCAAAACCAUCCAGGAGACCUCCAGUGCCAGCCUCCUGGCUGAUUUCUCCACUUUCUCCACCUCCAGUCUCCCCUCCAGCAUGCGCGGCUCCAGGGAGUACCUAGCUCCGCCUCCUCGCAAGGACACAGAUCCUGACCCUGUCAAUGUGCCGUACCUAAGCCCUCUGGUGCUUCGCAAGGAGAUUGAAAAUGUUAUUGAUAAUGAGGGUGAAGAGUGUCUGAGGCAGCCUGCUUUCGUGUUCCAGCACCCUAUUAUAUUCUGGAACCUUAUCUGGUAUUUCAAACGGCUUGAUAUGCCCAAUUAUCUAGAGGGUGCCCUUCUAGCUGCCUACAGUGAAAACAGGGAUCCAAAUGAUGGUGGUCGUUACCUUGCAACUGACUCCAGGUACGUGAAGGUAACGAUCCUAUGGGAUAAUCUGAGUCUGUACAAAGAGGAUGGUAUUCCCAUGUACCUUCAUUGGACACCUAAUGCACAGGCUAUCAAGAAUGCUAUCGAUGCACCGGACAAACCAGAUUUCUCAAGCUCGUUCAUGCUCCAGAUUGUGAAAUGCAUCCGAUUCAAUAACGUGUUCCUUCCAAUCACCAUGUUGCUGGAUGAGUUCACCAGACAAAACAUCCCUGUAGGAGAACAUCGUAGCAUCUAUAGAGAACUCCUCUUCCUAUCCUUCCUCGCCCUUGGAAGGGAUAAUGUUGAUCAUGAUGCGUUUGACCAGCAGUACCGAGUGGCGUACUCCAAGCUGAGAGAGGACCAGAAGGAAAAGAUGCAAAAGAAUGACCGUCCUCCGCCCAGGGCUGUCCAGAUGUGCCGUACUGUCUUCUGUGAUCUCAGUUUAUAGAGUGAUGGGGAUUGCAAAUUUAUCGCUUAGAGAUGAGGAAUAGAAAAACGUUUGAUGCCAAGAAGAGAGAUGGAGAGAGAGAGCAGACAUUGAAGUUGAGGAUGUAAGGUGUGCCACACCAUUUCCUGCAAUAUUUCCUUUGAAAGAAGGGCUCACUGGUCUACAAGUUCUUGCCAAAGAGAAUGAUUGGAACAUGUAGCAUUUAUGCAUAGAACAACAGGCAGUCAGUCAGUCAGGCAGUCAUCUUAACAGGAUUGUUCUGAGGGGAUGUUUCAUGAAAAUUAGCUGUAGCUAACUUGUCAGCUCUGACAAAUUCAGUGAAAUCUUUGGUUUCACUUGGCUAAAAAAGUUGUGGUCUCUAAAUGGUAACUGGCUAGAAAAUGACAACUUUUUUAUUACUGGCCUCCUUCCAUCUCAGAUGAAGCAUAAAGAGAGAGAUGAGGAUCCCUAUUAUACAGUAUUUUUUUUUAAAAGAGAACAACAGUGUCAAUGGAUUCAUGUUGAAUAGCUUGGGAUAAGACAUAGGAAAACAAAAACAUAUAAACAGGCAAAGAUAGACAUUUUGUACAGAAGUCAUAAAUCAUUUACUCGGCAUUCAGAUAUACCACACUCUGCUGCAAUGGCACUUCAAUCAGGUUUAGAAGAGGAAGAUGACGGGUCAUGUUACUCCCUGAAUAGGAGAAUCAUGGUGGCAUCCAAUGAAGAUGAAUGGUAGAAAUAAAAAGAAGUGUUGCUGAUUGAAUAUUUAUUAGUUGGUUCUAAUUUGUCCUUUUUGAUACUUGUUUCCACACUCAUCACUGCCAUGGAAUCAGUUAUCAAAAUCUUGAAAGCUAAUGCAUGUGUUUAUGGGCUGUCUUGUGCCAUUGGUGUGUGCAUUACUCAUCAUUCCCUUUAGAUUGAUUGCUGAUUUAGGUCCCCUCCCCCCCACCCUUUUUUGUAUAAAGAAACUUUUUUGAUCUGUGAUCAUCCAUGGUCAGUAAAGACUGUAAUUCCUUAUUACUCCACUAAGUAUUAAGUUAGCUUUGGUUUAGCCUUGUGUGGCCCAAUCGAUAUUGUGUUAGUCUACAAAACACAAAUACUUUGUUUGAAUCCUGAUAUCUCCAAUGAAAAAAAUGUUUUUUUUUUAUUUCUUACUUGCAUAUUAACGUUAUUUCAAUGGUAAUUUAUUUCAUCAGAUGCUAAAUUGAAUUUUAAUGUCUAGCAUCCUCUAUCGACCAAGGACAAAAAAUUAUGGUCUCGCACAAAGGUUGUGAUGGAUUGCAAAUUUGAAAGGGUCGUCUUGAUUGGCCAUUUCCAUUUUCAAAUUGAUUGCAAGCCUUUGUAUUACAGGGCCUGGAAGAUAAAUCAGUGAUGGAAGUAAUGAAAUGAUACAUAUCUUUGUGAAGGAAUUCCAUCUACUUGUGCCAUUAUAUGUGUUGUACACAUUGCGAUUAAAGACAUCGGCAAAAAUUGUAUCAUCAAAUUGGGAUAUUGAUUACAUUAAAGUUACGGUCAGAAAGUAUCCCUCCAUGUUAAUUCUGGUUUAGUUGAUUAUGUUACUGAUGUGUAUGAACAAUAUUUAUGAUUUCUCCAUGUAAAAUGCAAUAUCGUAACAGCGAGACAGCGAUUGUGACAGUGACCCAUGUAUGAAAGUUACCAGCUGUCAAACUUGAAAGUUGCUAGAAAAGAUUUACUGUAUAGUGAAAGCAUUGAUGAUUAUAUUUUAGAGAAAUGGACUGAGUUGAAAUAAUGUUUGUACUAAAACAUUUAUGUUGGUCAAAUCCUCAUGCGGCAAAGGAUUUUUCCCUCAUGAAUCUAAUGUGUAUUAUUUGGCACAAAUCUGUUACUAAGGCAUACUAAGAAUUGGUUCUCAUACAUGUGUGAUAUCACUCAUGCAGUGACAUGUUUGACAUAUGCUGAUGAAUUUUUUAUGAUAUAUCUUAAAGACACUUGUCAAGAGUCUAUGAUUGGUACUUUGUAAAUUGCUUGUAGAUAUCUUCUCAGUGCAAUGCCAAAACAAAACAAUGAUGUAAAUAUUUCAAAUUUUUGUAUGUUUCAAAAUUGUUAUUGUCUAUCACUUUCAGGAACACAUUCUGUAUGUAUAUUGGAUAGUUUGUAUGUAAGUUUUGUCUCUCUUUGCUUUUUUCUAAAUUUGAAAAUGCCUAGCUAUUUGAUAAAGUGACUGCUGUAUGUAAGUUUGUAUUAGAUAACUAUACAGAUACAACUCUUACAAUGAACCAAUGUAGUUCGAAUCUAUAUUUGUACUUGAGUGUAAGGUGUAUAUCUCACAAGACUCACAUAAAUAAAGUUUGUAAUAUUCUGUGGUAAUUUUUUUUUAUUUUCUGUUACUUGUGAAGACAUCUGGAGACUGAAAGAAGGCUUGUUGAAUUUACAACAGUUAUUGAGGAAGCUGGCAGCAUUUUACCCUAAAUUAUUUUGUCGGUGCAUUUAUCAUGUAGUAUCUAUGUCCCACAUUGUACUUAACAUUCCAUAUAUCCACUAUGUACUUCACAAUGAUAUAUAUUAUCAUUGCACAUACUUGAACAUAAUCUUAGCAUUUAAAAUGAGGUAAGAUCACAUCUCUGCUACAAACUUCAAAAAAGCGAGUAACCACCAGACCUCCAGUUCAUAUUCACAUAUCAUACACUGAGUGCUCUUCCUAUUGUCCAAGUCUUUAUGAUUUUCUUUCACAGGAAAUAUCACUCUUUUCACAGAUUGACUCCUUUACACCUGAGUAGGACAGUAAUGGCUUUUGGGGAAAUACUUUAAAUGUUCAGUUCACUUGAUGUUUGCAUCAAGUUAUUAAGGACACCUGUUAUUGAAUAUGUGUACACACACUGCAUUUUGAUGACUGGAUAUUUUGAACCGCCAUCUCGGCAUUACUUGUAGUUAAUGUCAUGUACAAAGUGACAACUGGACACCUUUUUUCACAAUAAUAUGAAAUUUACAUUACAAUAAAAGUGUCUUCUGAUAACAUACAAAUACAGUCACAAUGCACAGAAUAGAAAGGACUUUGUGCAUGCUGCAGGAUUGAAUGUCCUGUGUUGGAUUGAGAGAAUGUAAAACAUAGCAGAUCUUUGCCUCUUUCCCUUGCUCAUAUGUUGUAUAAUAUCUGGUUUAUAUUACAAGGUACAAUUUGAGAAUGUCUCUGAUUUGUUCUUGCCCUUAGUUGGUAUGUUAUCAAAUGAUUUAAUUAUGGAGGAACAAAUAUAUUUCGUUUAUAUACAUGUAUCAUGUGCAAUCUUAACAACUAAUUCACAGAUAGAUUAUUGCUGUAAAGCUGUUAUGGGGACGUCGCUGAAAUUGAAGGACAAUGAUUUGCUUCCAAGAGUAUUUGACAAUUUACCUGAUACUUGAACAGUUCAGCAUGUUUGUGUGUGUUGUAUUUAUGCAUGUACUAGUGGGAAGUAAACUUUAGUUGAUUGCAAUUAGUUUACAGCAAUACACAGUGCACAAUUAACAUUAUAUAUAUAUAUGUAUGUAACACGUCUUGUAGGAGGAUAUUGACAUUGAUACCCAAUAAAAAUUGAAAUCAGAGAUUAAAUGAAGAAGUCAAUUUUUAGCUUCAAUUAACUCUGUUUAAUGUUAUGAGAAAAAAAGAUGGAUCAUGAAAUAUUGCCAAGUAUUGUUGAGAUUUGACUCCUACUUUUAAAUCUUCUGAGCCGUUGUAGGAAGCCAUCCUUAUCCGUUAAUGCAUUCACUUCGCAUAAACAUCAACCUUAAAAAAAGUUAGUUAAAAUUUGAGCUUCCUAAUCCAAAUGUAUUGCAAAAGAUAGUAUUUUCAUAAUAAAUUGUUGGUUGACUUGUUUUUCUGUUUGAUUUCAUUUCUGAAUGAUUGUAUCUGUGUGCUACUUUUUAAAGAAAAACAAAAUCAUUAAGAGUAAGUAAACUAAAAAGAAAUUUCAUCCUUCACCUUAACUAUUUGAACAACCCUGUUUAGAGUUAAAAAAUAAAGGAAACCUGUUUCCAUCACCAAAAGUUUGCCAUUUACUAAUGGUUACCAUAUUAUUUCUUUAUCAAUGAUAAAGGAGUCAUGACAACUUUAAUGUAAUGAAAGUAGUUGCCAGGGUUAUGGCUAGGAUUCCAUAACAUAGUGUUCUAUCAGUUACAAAAUGACAUUGGCCAGUCAUAAGUAUUGUAGCAUACCCAUUUUGUUUAUGAGUCUAACCACCAACCAAUCAGAAUCAUUCUUUCAAAUUAUAAUUUAAAUUCAAAUAUAUAUGUUAUUGGACCCUGUCUGUCAUUCCGUGUGUUGGCAAAGAGUAUUUGACGGGCCGGUUUCAUUUCUCAAUGUAUGUAUAAUAUUUUGUCAGACUCUCAUCUUAAUUUGUAUUUUGUCUUUGCACCAAGUGAUGCCUUUUCAAGCACACAUGCCCCCCCCCCCUCAUCUUCUCUCAUGAAGAAACCUGAAAAGUGAAAUCAUUGGAACAAGCGAAUAGAACAGAGUUAAUUGAAAUAGUAAAGAAUAAUCAUAUUUGAUGUCGUAGAAGGGUACCAGGAAUUUGCUGCGGUAUAACAACUUUAAUCUGUUGUAUAUAUAUUAUGUUAACCUUGUGGUUUUAUCUGUAUAUAAAGCACGUCUUCAAGAUGGUACAUACUAUAUCAAACACAUUUGCAUUGUACUGGAGUUUUGUUAUAGAGAAAAUUGAACACGUGUAGACCAUUUAUAAUGUACAGGUAUAACAAUUUUGUAGCUUGAUAGUUAAAAUCAUGUAAAGAUCUGUUCUCAGAAUUGUAUAAAUUGCCCAUGGAGAACAUUUAUAAUUUUGUUAGGCAGAAUUUUUUUUUCAUAUUUUUUGCCAUUUGUGGAGUAUGUGAUUUACGAUGUACUGUACCAUAUUAAAAUGACAAUAUCCUAAAUACUACUA